AUGGCCCAACCGCCCGCCUGGCACGAGGCCUAUCCGACGCCACGAAACCAAUCGCCCAAAGUGGUGGUGACUCGUCAAGAAUUACUGCAGUGGCUUCAGGAGGGGCAGAAACCAGGCGUCGACUUCCUCCUAGUCGACCUGCGCAGGACGGAUCAUGAGGGCGGAUCGAUCAAAGGUUCUAUCAACCUGCCUGCGCAGAGCCUUUAUCCUAGCUUGCCGACUCUGUUGAAUCUAUGUCAGAGUGCUGGCGUACGGACCGUGAUCUGGUAUUGUGGUUCAUCCAAGGGGCGUGGGACACGCGCUUGUGGGUGGUUUCAAGACAUGCUUGAUGAUCGGCAGGUCGAUGGAAUGACUAGUGCUAUCCUGCUGGAUGGGAUAAGUGGAUGGGCUCGAGCGGGCGAAGAGUACACUCGGCUUAUGGAGGAGUAUGACGCCGAGAAAUGGUCGAGUGCAAAGUAG